CAGAAGGUCAAAACUCAAACAGUCCCUUCCUCUGUUCCAUUUCAUCGUCCUUGUUGUUUAGGAAGCUUCGUUUCUUUCUGGAUCCAAAAGGGUAUCUUCUUCUCGUUCGAGUUCUUGGGUUUCUGUCGUGGAUUGCAAAAAAGAAAGGGAAUGGGGAAGAAGGGUUACUUGGCAAUGGUGGGUGAGCAACAGGAUACCACUGAUCUGAUCAGUUCCGAUUUCAAAGAGCUCACCUUGGCUGCUAAGAAGCUUGCCAAUCACGCAAUCAAGUUAGCUUCUUUGGGAUUUGGGACUACCUUUCUUGAAUGGGUUGCAUCUUUUGCUGCAAUUUAUUUAUUGAUCUUGGACCGGACACAUUGGAGAACAAAUAUUCUUACAGGGUUAUUAAUCCCCUACAUCUUCUUUAGUCUUCCUUCAUUAAUUUUCAACAUUUUCAGGGGAGAGGUUGGAAGAUGGAUUGCUAUAAUUGCUGUUGUCUUGCGCUUAUUCUUUCCAAGACGUUUCCCAGAUUGGUUGGAAAUGCCUGCUGCUUUGAUUCUGCUGAUAGUGGUUGCUCCUAGUUUCUUUGCAAGCACCCUUAGAGGCAGCUGGGUUGGAGUUUUGAUAUGCCUCGCCAUUGCUUGUUAUCUUCUUCAAGAACAUAUCCGUGCAUCAGGUGGGUUUCGGAAUUCUUUUACAAGAGCAAAUGGUAUAUCGAACACAAUUGGCAUCAUCAUUCUAUUUGUCUACCCUGCUUGGGCAUUGGUAAUUGACUUUAUCUAAGUUUAGCAUCAUUUGAAGCUUGUUGAGAUUGUUUGAGGUGUCUUCAUUGUUGAAAUAUCUCCUUUGUAUCAUCAAUUUGUGAGACCUGCUUAUCUACUGCUUUUGAUGUUCUAUAAUAAGAAUUUAUAUGCUUUGCGUGUUUUCAUCUUUGAAUCUGUAAGAAUCCCUGUUUGUACAACCCUAUAUAACAUUUUAUCAUAUGAUUUUCCAUUGCUAUAGAAAGAAUACGCCUUCCAUAAACAUUGAAGUAUUAU